AUGCCAGAGUCAAACGAUGCGCUUGUCGUUGACUCCAUGACUUCGCCGACUUACAACUUACCUACCUCGAUCACCCUGUCCGCCACCGUUGAACAGCAUCCUCCGCCCUCGAACCUGUGCCCUACGGAACCCUCUCGCCCGCCUCACCACCACCAUACAAGUUCGACAAGUAUCACGCAAGCCAGAAGCAGACGCUCGCUUGCGUCCCUUGCCAGAGAAAAGACAUCCCACGCCUUUGCCAAUUUGGCAGCCAUAGGCACAACGCCUACUCCAAGUUUGCGGUCUACCACUUCCACAGGCAGUCUGGCGAAGGAGCCCGCCUCGACGGAUAUCGUUCGACCCGACCUUCCACGUUCACCUACUUCACCCGAACUCCACAGACCGGCACCAUUGCGACGAAUAAGCGGAUCUCCCUUGCCCAGUCAAGAGUCAAGGAACAGUACUGUGGUGCCUCAAAUGCCGAACUCAGACAAGAACAAUGGGAGGAUGCAUCAGACGUCCUCCAAGAUCUUGCGCAUGACUGAUGACGAGAGACCCUUCACACGAGACUUCAAUGACUUGUUUUCCACCCUCAUCACCAGUCUACCUCUGACGCCACAUCGGGUGCGGUUCUCCAGGGUCGAGGAAACGUUCUUGUCGGAGGAAGCCAUUACGAACCUUGGGUCCCUGAAGUUCUCCCAGUCGAAUCGCAUACCUGAUCCCAACAACCCCUCCAGAUGGGUCGUCACGACUACUACCACCACCUUUUCCAUGGCCAGGGAAAUGGCUCGUUCUGUCUGUCAGCGCUUUGUAGAUGCGAGGCUGAUCGAAUCAGCGGAAUCCAGGAGCAUCACCAUCUUCCCGGCCAAGGGAGGGGUUUGGCAACUGACGCCCAAAGGGCUGGCGAUUCUACAUCGCUUUUGCAGCAAGAAUGGAAUCAACGCACGCCACCUCGAACCUCUCCUCAGGCGGGCGCAGAUGCAAAUCGUCGCUCUGGAGAGAGAUCCCCAGACAGACAAGCUUAUUCAGGAUAGGGCAACCAUCGAGAUCAUCUUCCGGAGGUUUAUGGGUGCCGAGGGCCCGAAUUUGAAGAGCUCGACCUCCUUAUCCGACUCAGACUCAGUUUCCGACUAUGCUAGCGGCCUCGUCGGUAUCAAGAUGGCCAGAGAGCGGAGGGUCUUGGACAAAACCGUCCAGAGCACCUUUACGGGUAAAGGUGCAUCUGACUGGUUACUGGACUGUUGCACCACGAUCGAUCGCAGAGAGACCUACGAGAUUGCCGAGUUGUUUGUCAAGUGGCAACUGAUGACGCCAGUCGUCGAGGAUAGAUCAUACGUGCGCCUAAACCCGAUGUCGUCCUACUUCCAGCCAACGAAACACGCAAUCUACACUGUGACCGAAAGAGGCCAGCGGGUGUGCGGCUGGAUCGCCCGACCGCCCAGCAUGGAGAGUGAAGACAGUCAUGAUACUCGGGACAAAGGUCGUGUCGCCAGAGAUUCAAAUGUCAGCCGAUUGAACGUGAUAUUGCAGGACGCUGCGCUCCGGUUGUUGUUCAGAGAAUUCCUGCGGCAAUCCUUAUGCGAAGAGAAUCUGCAAUUCUAUUUCGACGUGGCCGACUUUACGAACAACUACAAACAAUUGGACAAGUCAGGAAAGCUCGAGCGCCAGGAGGCUAUCAGAGAGACCUUGGCCGCCGCCUAUGGUCUUUACAACUCGUUCCUAGCGUCAGGAGCACCGUCCGAGCUCAACAUCGAUCACUCGCUGCGGAACCGUCUUGAUAGCAGGAUGAUCCGGACCAAUGUUGACGACGAGUCUAUGCGACAGUCUCUUGACGAAGUCGUGGAGCUGUUCGAGCUUGCCCAGGCUGCUGUGUUCAAACUCAUGGCAAGCGAUUCCGUCCCAAAGUUCCUCCGAGACCCAAGAAAUGCAGCUGUCCUUCGAGAUCACGAAGUCGAUCUGAUCGGUUCCAACCGCACAAUGUCUCCUGCUCCUGAUCGUGCAAUCAGUCGAUCGAACACACGGUCAUAA